GAGCCGGUGCUUUACGGCGGUCGCCGGCGGCAGGGUGAGGCCCCGGGCGGGAGCGGGAGCGGGUGUGCGGAGCGGGGGCCGCCGCGACCUCGGGCCACGUCCUGCAGCAGCCCCGGGGGCAGCGGAUGCCCAGGGUCGUUCCCGGGAGCUCCCCACCCGGCCCGGUUCUGCCCAGCCGUCCAAGGACAGCCGAGUGGCAGGUGAUUGGGGCUAAAUACUCCCCACCGACGUAGGCUGCCGAAGUCCGGGAGGCGUGGCCGGUCCAAGGUCAAGGUCUCUGGUCCUCCAGGCGGCGCAGUUCAGCAGUUCCAGGGCUUCCGGUGUGAAGAACCCAUGGGCUUGGACUGUUGUGGGUCCCAGCUCCCGCUGAAAUCUCGUUUGGGACUAGUCGGACCCACUAAGCAUGACAGGAUGCAGCACCUCGAGGCGAUCUCUGUGACUAAGUGUUGUGUCUUGCUCUACUAGGCGGGGUGGCGGUCACUGUCCUGCGGUGCUGACGGGAAACCUCAGUCCCAGCUAGGAUGGAUGGGGUACCGCGGUGUCAUGGAAACCCCGCAUUCCUCAGACUUACCGGUAGUCCCUAAGGAAGAGGAGCUGUGGAGCAGGUAUGUUCUGUAUAAAGGUGGCCUGAUUCCAUGUUGAAUGAAAAUGGCCAGUUCUUUAAGAGGAGAAGUACUGAAUCUUUAUAAAAAUCUGCUGUAUCUCGGACGGGACUACCCAAAAGGAGAAGACUAUUUUAAAAAGCGUUUGAAGAAUGUCUUCCUUAAAAACAAAGAUGUGAAGGACCCAGAGAAGAUCAAAGAGCUCAUUGCACGGGGCAAAUUCGUGAUGAAAGAGCUGGAAGCCUUAUACUUCCUUAGGAAAUACAGAGCCAUGAAACAACGCUAUUAUUCAGACCCCAACAACUGAUGAUCAAGAAAGCCUGGCUUAAAGCCGGUGCCAGCCAUUUGUGUGCCAAGUAAUACGAGAGUGCCAGUUCAAAAUGGCAAUAUACGCCUUUAAAAAGUGCCUCAGCUGCUGCUUCGCUGAACUAAGACAGGUUUCUGCCUCGUCGACACGGAAAGCUUUACACACAGUCCUUUGUGCUUGAUUUUAUUCCUGAAAUAGUGAUUUAACUAUAUUAACACUUUAAGUUAAUGAAAGAAAAUACACCUAGUUUUCAAACUUACUGUUUCUUAGCUUAUUUCUGUUUUUACUGACGAGGAUGCCGUUUAAUAAGCAAAAUAACUUCUGAAGUGCCUUUUUAAACUCCAUUUUAGUAUACUGCGAUACAUAUUCAAGGAUCUUUGAAAAUAGCUCCACAAAAUGAUUUAAGUGCAGUUAGUAAAAUAAUAAAAAGGUAUAGCUUCUGACCUGGGAAUACCCCGCCGAUGGUUAGCAUUAUUUCCAACAUACUUUUGCUGCUGGCUUCUUUAAGCCUUAAAUUGGGCUCUGAUUAACUUUCAUACAAAUAAUGAUGUUACUUACUAUUUUUGUCAUAAAACCAGAUUUGUCUUACAUCUACUUGUGACUGAGGUCAUAUAGCAAUGGACCUCACCCUGCCAUGACUAAGUUUAGCAAACAUUUAAACUUGUACAUAAUGUUCUUAGCAACUUUUAUAAAUAAAAAGCAUUUCUAACUUAAAAGCGGCAAAAAAAAAUCUGGCUUGAAGGAUUUAAUAUCAAUUAAGGGGCAGAUGUUUCAGAUCUCCACCGUGAAGUACGUAUCCAGGACGGGGGAACGUGGCUCAGUGACAGAAUGCUUGCCUAAGGCGAGGACCUGGAUGUGAUUCUCAGAACCAGGAUGAAAAGUCAAGUACAGAGUUGCCAUAGUCACCAUAACUUUUAUUACAUUACAGUAAGUAGGAGCAGUACAGUUCAUGACAAAAAUAUUACAAAUUUCAGAUCACUUCACAGCACAUACUCCUAUAAACAUUUAAAAGUUAAUUAAAAGAGUGGUCAUUUUAAAUUUAAUGUUUGAUAUGACCAACAUUCCCUAGGUCAGCGCAACCAAAGGAUGGAAAACAACUGGAUCACACUGCAUAUGUCCCACACACAAAAAAGCACAAUGUACAAAAUGUGCAUGUUUCAGUUUACACUGUACAAAAAUAGUUAAAAUACAUUCCAGGUAAACAUGUUACAUUAAGAAAUAGUACUAGUAAGAAAUUGGCACUCAAAGGAAAAACGCAGAAGUAUUUUCAACAUGAAAACCCAA